AUGUGUUUUAUCAAUAAACAAGAAGUAAAUGAUUCUAUAGAUUCUACUUUUUAUGUUCAACAAACUAUUCCCGAACCAUUAUUCAUAUUAGAAUUAAAAAUAUCUCCAUAUCUUUAUACUGAAGAUCUUAUUCAUCAAUACAAAACUACUGGCGGAAGCUUUUUCCCUUAUCAUUAUAAACCAGAAUUUGAAAUAUUUGGUCAAUAUCUUGCUAAAGCACAAAUAUUCAGUUCAUUGAUUAAUGAAAAUGAAAAGGUUAGAUCAGAAUUUGAUUUAAAUUGUUUCACUUAUGCUUUAAAACAAGCUAAUGUCGAUGAUGAAACUUUAGAAUUAGUAUUAAUUCAUUGUAGAGGUCGUUAUCAAAAAGCCAAAAUGUUAGAUGAAUUAUGUAAAUCUGCUCAUAUUCGAAUUAGAAUUGAUAGAGAGAAUACUGAUAAAUCAAACAAACAUAAAAAUAGAAAAAUAGAUUAUUAUGGUUGUGAACUUAAAGAUGCUAAAUAUAAUUUAGAAAUGUUUUUAUAUAGAGAUUCUUUAAUGAAAGGCGAUCAUUAUAUUUUGAAUAUUGAUAUUCCAAUUACUCCAUUUUAUCUUAAAAAUAGAGAAGAACUUGAUAAUUGGGCUAUUACUCAUAAUUUAAGUAUAAAAUCAAUGUUUAACAAGCAACGUUAUAAUAAAAAUAAACAAUGUUAUGAAGUUAAAGAUAAAAAUAGUAAUACUAUCAAAUUAUCAGAUCUUAUUAUUUAUAUUAGAGAUCAUAAUGGAUUUGAACCUUAUUCUCUUUCUGAUGUUUUACAUUUGAAAUCUGAUUUAUCUGAAUAUGUAUUACAAUCAUUAAAUACACUUGAAUAUCUUCCUUUUGAAACAAGAAAAAUUGAAAUCAAAGAAAAUAAACGAAAAGAAGUAGAUCAUUCUUAUUGGUACGCUGAUUUUGAAGCUUCAACACAAGGAUAUCAUAAUCCAUAUUGUGUUUGUUAUUCUAAAAGAGGUGAAGAUAAAAUUUAUAAUAAAUAUGGAAAAGAUUGUGCUUAUGAUUUCUUAUGUGAUUUACCUCAUAAUGCUGUUUGUUAUUUUCAUAAUCUUAAAUAUGAUGGUUCAUUCCUUGCUAAAUAUGGUGUUAAUAGAUGUAUUAAGAAAUCAGGUAAAAUCAUGCAAAUUACUCUUAAAUUCCAAGGUAAACAAUUAACUUUUAAAGAUUCUUAUGCUUUAAUUUCAACUAGUUUAGCCUCUUUUCCAAAGAUGUUUGGCUUAUCUAAUAUUCAAAAAGAGAUCUAUCCUUAUAAUUAUUACGGCCCGGGGGGCCUCAGACGUGAAACGUCGUACAAUCAAGAACGUGUUGAAUCUAAUAUUGGAAAUAUAUUAGAAGCUGAUUUAUACGAAAUACAACAAUGGAAUGAAGAUCAAUUUAAAUUAUUUGUUAAGAAUAUUGAUUCUAUUGAUAAUUGUAGAACGGAUGAAUAUCAUUUCAAUAUGAAAGCUUAUUGUGUAUUCUAUUGUAAUCAAGAUGUUAGAAUCUUAAAACAAGGUCAUUCCAAAUUUAGAGAUAUGUGUUUAGAAUAUUUAAAUAUUGAUGUCGAUAAAGUAAUUUCAGCAGCUUCUUUAGCUAAUACUUACUUUAAGCAUAACGUAUAUUCAAAAAUAAAUAAUUUAAAAGAAUAUGGAGGAAAAGUUAGAGAAUUUAUUCAAGGAGCUAUUUAUGGAGGGUAG